AGCUUGUAAAAAUCAUGGUUUCAAUCCCCACCGUCAAAUUUGCCGGGCCAUCUGACGGUCACGGUUUUACGUUAUUAGGGUUCUUCAUGGGUAGUGUUUCGUGGUUGAGGCAUAUUUCCAGCGCUAGGGUUUUAGGCUUGAGGAUCGAUCGUCGGCGUUUUUACAGCGUGAUGCCGCGAGGAGAGGAAUCAGCAGCUGGGGCGGAGGCAUCGGCUUCGGCGGUGGAAGCAUCGCCAGGUAUGAGCAAGAAAGCCGCACAGAAGGCCGCGAAGAAAGCCGAGAAGGAGCUCCGCCAGGCUGCUGCGCUCGCCGCGGCUGCCGCGGAGGAGGAAGAAAUUGAUCCACUGGCGGACAAGUACGGGGAUACGAAGCUGGAGGAUUUGCAAUCCAAGGCUGUGACUGGGCGGAAGUGGACCGAGAUUUCGGAGCUUGGGACCGAUCUGGAGGGCUCUACUGUGCUGGUUCGUGGGAGAGUUCACAGCAAGAGAGCGAAAGGGAAGAUGGCAUUUCUGGUGCUUCGUGAGACUAUCCAUACCGUGCAAUGCGUGGUUUCUAUGGAGAACGUUGGGAGCAAACAGUUUGUAAAGUAUGCGAGCUUGCUGAGCAAAGAGUCCGUUGUGGACGUGACGGGAAAUGUGUCAAAUCCAAGAAAUCCAGUGUCCGGGACGACACAACCGGUGGAAAUCCAGGUGACAGAACUCCAUUGUAUAUCCAAGUCGACCAACGAGCUCCCUCUUCUGUUGGAAGAUGCCGCUCGCAGUGACCAGGAUAUUGAGAAAGCUGCAAAGGAAGGCAUUCAAUAUGCACGCGUUCUACAAGACACGAGGCUGAAUAACAGGGUCCUUGAUCUUAGAAUCCCUGCCAAUCAAGCGAUCUUUACCGUUCAGUCGGAAAUCUCAAGCCUCUUUCACGACUUUCUACGGGCUAACAAGUUUCGCCAGAUCCACACGCCAAAGCUUAUCGCUGGUGCUAGCGAAGGUGGCUCUGCAGUGUUCAAGCUGCAGUACGCAAAUGAUCAACCUGCAUGUCUGGCUCAAUCACCGCAGCUGCACAAACAGAUGGCAAUUUGUGGUGACUUCCGUCGAGUUUUCGAGAUAGGUCCUGUUUUCAGAGCCGAAAAAUCUUUUACUCAUCGGCACCUGUGUGAAUUUAUCGGACUCGAUUUUGAAAUGGAGAUCAAGGAACACUAUUUCGAGAUCAUCGACCUGAUUGGCAAACUCUUCAUCUAUGUGUUCAACGAGCUUAACAAAAACUGCAAGAAAGAGCUUGAAACGAUCAACAGCCAGUAUCCUUUUGAGCCAUUGCAGUAUCUUGACGAAACCCUGGUACUCGCAUUUGCCGAGGGGAUUCAGAUGUUAAAGGAAGCUGGGUUUGAGACUGAUCCUCUUGGAGACCUUGACACAGAAACUGAGAGGAGACUGGGACUUCUUGUGAAGGAGAGAUACAAGACUGAUUUUUAUAUUCUGCAUCGAUAUCCACUUGCUGUCCGGCCAUUCUAUACCAUGCCUGCUGUCGACGAUCCUAAAUAUUCAAACUCAUUCGACGUUUUCAUUCGGGGCGAGGAAAUCAUCUCCGGUGCCCAGCGUGUUCAUGACAAGGAUCUUCUUCUAAAGCGGAUCGAGGAGUGCAACAUUGAUCCAAACGCUAUUGGCUUGCAGAACUACAUAAAUUCUUUCAGCUAUGGUGCACCACCUCACGGAGGCAUUGGCGUCGGCUUGGAACGAGUAGCGAUGCUCUUCUGCAAUCUGGACAACAUAAGGAAGGCCUCUUUGUUUCCUCGUGAUCCUAAUAGGCUGGCACCUUAGGUCGAAGACAACGGUGUCCUGAUAAUCAGGCACCAGAUUUUGCACAAGUGUUACAACCCAUAUUGACGCAAGGGAUGUGACCACCAGGUUCUUCUUCUUCUUGCUGCUUCUUGUUGAUCUUUCUCUUUGGAAAGACAGGAGGCCUUUCGUCCCUGAGCAGUGGUAUCUUCUGUAAGUUGUUGAUCUUGUGAGGUACAUUUUUGAACUUGGAAAUGACAAAUCUUUGCUUAGGCCUCGGCGGGUUCCUCCAGUAGAACCAGCGUAUUAUUCUCAUGUCGGUGGUCUUGUUGUUCUUGACAGGGACAAAGACUGGCCUGAUAACUUGGAAGUCGUGAUGGUGUUGGGUAUUCAUCCUGAUGAAAUCGUAUCCAUAAGCAUAGCGAAUGACUUCAUCCAUGCUGUCGCCCCUGUUUCAGGAAAAGAAGAACACGAUCAUAUUAAGCAAAGAUUGACGAAGACACCACUUUGGUUCAAACCUUUCGAGCGGUGUGCCGUAGACGUGGUCUGGAUUUACUACCGAUGGAAGUGGAGCAACGUUUGCCUGGUACAAAGCAAAGUUGUCAUGGUGGAACUAGCAAUUCGAGGUAAAGUUUACCAGUCUCUGCUUGACUUUGAGCUUGAUUGGAUGCUCUCUUCGGUACAUUCUCUGUUCGUCUGCCCGUGUGACUUUCCUGAGAGAAGAAAGUGACGAAAAGAAGUAAAGUUUGAGUUUUGGAGUGUUGGAUCUUACAUUUUGGGAGCCUUCUUGUUCAUAGCUCGCAGAUCAGUGCCUUUGGCAGCGCUUGGGUCAGGGACGUUCUCUCGGAAGACCAUCACUGCGAGGAACCAACACCGAGAGAAUACUCGUUGAGCACUCCAUAGAUGAAGUUGUCGCUGGGAAGAUUUCUGGUGGAUCGUUUUCCCUGGAACGAGGACUGACAUGAGCAAAGACAAUGAAGAAACUUGACGCAAGAUAGAGAUGAGCUCCGGACAUUCCCCAUUCUGGGAUGAUCCGACUCGUCGUAAGUCAUGUUGCCUGGAUUCGACAUCGCGGAACAAAGCUUGAAAUCGAUCCGCCAAAGCCGACUUCUUCGACCAAUCAGCCUAUCAAAAUUUGAGAACGGGGGAAUAUGCCAUUGCGCGGCAACCAAUUGGCGCCCACUCGUAGGCGCGUCAUCCGCACCGUCCACGUGUCCAGGUGUAUCGAAUUCAAAGUUUGAAUAAAAGAAUAUACCUAAAACUGA